CUAGGAUAUAUAAUAUAAAAGGAUUCUAUCAUAUUAAAUUAUUUGAUCGAUCGAUCGAUAAUAAUGGUGAGAGCGCCUUGCUGCGAGAAGAUGGGUCUGAAAAAGGGACCAUGGACUAAUGAAGAAGACAACAUUCUCAUCUCCUACAUUCACCGCCACGGCCAUUCCAAUUGGCGAUCCCUACCCAAACAAGCUGGAUUAUUGAGAUGUGGGAAGAGUUGCAGAUUACGUUGGACUAACUAUCUCCGGCCAGAUAUUAAGAGAGGAAAUUUCACUGAAGAAGAGGAGAAUACUAUAAUCCAUUUGCAUCAAACCCUUGGCAACAGAUGGUCAGUAAUUGCAUCUAGGUUACCGGGUAGAACUGAUAAUGAGAUAAAAAACGUUUGGCAUACCCAUUUGAAGAAAAAGCUCAACAAUUCUACCGAGCCUGUCGAGAUCGUCCGAUCCAUCAUGUCCCCAAGCCUGGAUCAGUCAACUUCUUCUAGUGAAGUUUCGUCGGCGAAUCAUAUUAAUAAUAAUAAUAAUGAAGCCAUGUCACCUAUAUUAAUAGACCAAGAGCAAAGUAUUAUGGAUACUUUUCCGGAAAUAGAUGAGAGUUUCUGGUCGGAAGACUUGUCAACCGCUGACAAUUCCAUGGCGCAAUCUCACUUCAUGGCUACCUUUACAGAUGAUCAUGAUCAGGAUUUGCAAUUUUACUUCUCAGAGACCACGACUCCGUUUACUGAUAUUGGCGCCGGCGAUUAUCAUUAUGGUCUCAAUCUUGAAGAAGAAGAAGGAUCCAUGGACUUUUGGUACAACCUCUUCAUCAAAGCUGAUGAAACAAUACUUCAACUUUGAGCUUUUGUGUUUUCUUUAAACUUUUAGU